AGCCAAGGCUUCAAGACACGCGGCACGACCCUUCCAUAACAAAUUUCAUCAUCCCUCUUGAAAAUGGCGGUGUGAAAGCUUCUUGGCAAAACCUUUCCGUGCAAUUUAUUUGCACCAGUACAACCAUGGAAUUCCCUAAACGCGCCCGAGUUCUCUCUCUUACAUCGAUUAUAGAUGGCCAGAACGUAUCACGAAACCAAGAACAUGGAAGACAUUUCAUUAUUUUCGACAUCUCGGACUCUGGAAGAGCUGGAGCUCUUCAGUUCGUUCCCGAUCUUCGGGGAAAGCGGAACUCUUGAACAAUGUGACGUGUACAUAGAAGAGACAGAUUCCUUGAAGCAUCAACUCGACGCCUCGUCACCGCUCAGUUUAUCGGCGACAGAUCUACUUGAGGAAUUCGAUGUUGAAGCCGGUGGUGGAGGCCUGUUAGGUUCUGACUGGAUGACACAGAAACUCGAGUUCCAUAGCACAGAGUCAAUUCUCUCAGUUGAUGGUGGUGACUUGGUGAACCUUGGGGAUUUUGAAUUCACGUCUUCAGAUCCAUGUAUUUCCAGUGAGCCAGAAAGUGUUGUCACUUCAGAAGUUACAGAUUCACCAGUAUCAGAAGAAUCCUCUGAUGGCAACCUCUUUGCAAACGUGGAUGAAAUUCUCAGGAAGCUGCUCACCACUAAUAAAUGCAUAGUUGACACAGUAAUAGUGACAGAGGAACAAGUUGGUCCUACAUCACCCUUGCAGAGCGUUCCUGAUGUUGACAUGGGGUCUCACCCCUCUGUCUUGUCCCCUGGGUCAGAUCUAUUCGAGGCAACAACCCCAGUGGCCUCUCUUAGUGAAGAGAGCCUCUCUAACCCCUCAUCCCCUGAAACACCAGUCAAGAAGACUGUGGAAAUUUCUCCCACAACAACGACCUGUGUAAAGGUCAACUACUACACACCAUAUCCAAAAGACAAACCAACAAAGGCUAAAACUCCACAGCAAAGGAAAAGAAAGCGGGAGCAGAACAAAGAUGCUGCCACUCGCUACCGGGUCAAAAAGCGUGAGGAGCAAGAUGUCAUAGCAAAAGAACUUGCUGGGCUUGAGAAGGAUAACGGUGAACUCAAAGAACAAGUUAAUUCUUUGUCUAAGGAGAUUGAGUACUUGAAAAACUUGAUGCUUGAAGUAUACAAAACAAAGCUGCAGAAGCAAUCUCUGUUGGCUUCUGAUUAAGUUUAAGCCUUUUUGUUAAUGUAUAUAUUUAUAUGCCUUUUUCUAUUUUAGACUGGUCAUAAAAACAAUUGCUUUUGCUUUUCUUGACAUGCA